AUGAUAACUAAUACAAAUGGGAUUGCUGAUUCAAUAUAUCAUUAUAUUUGGUUAAAGGAUGAUUCAUUAAUAAAGGAGUCUUUUUAAUUGAAACUACCAGACACAAUUUUAUUCAAGAAUGGAAUGCCAUAAGUUUGGUAUUUUACAAAUUAAUAAGGAGAAAUCCUCAUGAAGAAGAAUGAUUGUCGUAAACCUGAAAAUAUCAUAAAUAAUUUUUGUAAUAAUAGCAAAUAAAAUGGAUAAGUUAUUGCAUAUUAUGUUUAUAAUAGCAAAUAUAAUGUUAAAGAUCCAAUAAAUGAUCCUCAUGAGAUUUAGAAAUCUAAAUAGUUUGAUGUAAAUGAGAAGAUCUGUAUCUAUUAUUUGACUAAAGAAACAUUUCCAUAAUUUAUUAAAAAUAAUAAUAAAGCUCCUGAAGGAAUCCUUUAAAAAUUUAUUGAUCCUAUUGCUAAUCAUGAAUAACUUAUAUAAGCUAUAUGGAGUCCCUCUGUUUGUAUUCUUUCAAAGAAGUAAAACAAUAGGGAUCUAUAUGACAUGUAAUUUGAUCCUUAUGGUAAAUACUAAUUCUAUUCUAAAUCUAGAGAGAUGUGCUACUUUUGAUGGAUGUGAGGCAUAUUCAAAAGUGAUUCCACUAAGAGGCAAACAAAUCUCACAUGAAAUUCGAAAACAAUGUUAGAUGAUCAUUUAAAAAUUAACUAAUUUAAGUUAUGGUUAAACUAACAUUUCAAGAAUUGUAAUGUACUUUAAACCAGACGAAUAGAAUAAAGUAUGGUUUCUUUAUUGUACAUCUAUUCGUUUAUAAGGAGAACCAGAUGAAUAAAUACAAUAAUAUAAAUCUAUUUGGGGAAAUUCUAAUAUUAAAAAAAAUAAUACUCCAAUAUCUUUCAAUACUAAUUUUAAACGUCCACAUUAAAUCAAAAAUGUUUUGACUGUUAAUACUAUGCAUCCAGUUACUUUAAUUAAAAAUAUAGAGUGUGUUGAAUGUGGAUCACUUUGUUAAAAAGAUGAUUUAUAUCAUUUGGCAUAUGAAUUUAUCAUUAAACAUUUUGAAUUGAAUCCCAAUACAAAUCCAAUUAUUAAUGAAAAAAUUUAAGUUCUGAAACCAAAAUCUUUUUUUGUCAGUUAAGAUCAUAUUAGAGAUAUACAUUCUCAUAUACCUCCACUCAUAAUUAAACUUUAUCCAUAAAUCACUGUAGCUCUAUAUGAAUAAAUGAAAGUUAAUGAUGCUUUUUUAAUUAAAACAAUACUAGUUUGUGAAUCAUGCUUUCUUAAAUAUAGUUCUUCAAAUUCUACAUUGUCUGGUGCAAUUUAAAGAGUAACUAAAUAAAAAAAAAUGGCGCUUAGAUUAAAAAGUGCUAGUAUUUUGUAGAGAAAACCAGAAAUUAAGGAAUAUUUAUUUUAACAAAAUUUAGAUCUCAUCAAAUAAAAAAAAUAAGCCUUUUUUAAAUCUAAUAGUAAUAAAUAAUCAUUUAACAGUAAUUCUUAAUUCUCAACAGCUUUAAAUACUCAUUCAGCUUCACAUAAAUAUAAAUUAUCCCUUGAAAGUAAUUUCGAUCAAAUUAGUUUUUAACUUAAUACUGCUAGAUGA